GAAGGCAACAUGAGAAUAUAGCCAUCGCACAUCACACACAUAGCUAGUAAACAUUGCCUGAAACAUCAUCACCAUCAUCAUUACUACUUUUAUUAUUUUAUUCUCACUAUUCAAUAGAAAAGCUAAACUCCAGUUUUGUAAUUCAGAACUCUGUUCCCAUGAUGUCAUACUUGUGGAUUCUCCUGCUGGGCAGUUUGGUGAUUGGAGCCAAGACACAAGAAGACCCUGCUGCUGAGCCAGAAACAAAGGAAGCAGAGGCAGAAGCAGCAGAGCCCAAGGCAGAAGCAGAGGAAGUAGCCGCAGAGGAGGCCCCAGCAGCUGAGGAGGCUCCGACAGGAGAAGUGGAGGAGGCUGCAGAAGAGGAGGAGGCUGCAGAGGACUAGGCUGCAAGUUCUGAGGUUG